AACUCAGACGAGGAAGGAACUCUGAAGAUCUGCUGGAACUCGUAAACGGUUAAGAAGAACGUAACAGUUAAAUUAAGUGAAUACAGUUUUAGUUCAAUCGUCAAUCAUGGAAAAAGUCGAAAACGCUACGUCUCGUAUAACGAAGGAACAAAUUGAACGGUUGGUGCAAAUCAUGGAGAAAAACCCUGAUGCUGCCAAGGGAAUUUGUACCAAUCCCACGGCAUUCUGGGGUGAAGUUAGUUUGGAACUCAACAGUCUGGGUCCUUCAAAGGAUAGUCAUUCUUGGAAGAAGACAUGGACUGACAAGAAAUCGAACGUCAAGAAGAAGUUCUCUCUAAUGCGAAGCGAGCAGAAAAAAACCGGAGGUGGUAUUCCACUGGCUAUAAGAUUAAACAAUAUCGAGGAGCGUAUCUUAAAUGUCACAAAUAUAAAGGCCAAUGUGGAAGGAGCAAAAGACACUAUUUGUGUAGGAAUACCUGAGUGCAGUAGCGACCAACAGGAAAAAACUAUCGCUGAUCCAUGUGGAAUAUCCAGGCAAGCCGAGCCAGCAUACGCAAUAGAUCGGUUGGACCAAGAAGCAACUGCUUCGAAAGCUACAACAUCAUCGAUACGACUCUGA